UUUGAAUAGGUGUCAAUAUGUUCGCUUCUAUGUUUAGCUACACCCGACAGUGAGAAAAAAAAAUAGUGAUAGUUAGCUUUAAUGUCACACUUCGUCCGCACAAGAAGAGCAGGGGGCUGUGUUGCACUGGCGUCGUCUCUGGUUUGUUUUGACGAAUAACCCCGCCCGUGCGGCACAAUUAGCGUAGAAAAGGAGCGCUCCAGUCGCACAUGACGUCGCAGGCAAGGCUUUCUUUAGGUGCGUUUACUUUGAGUUCAGAUGCUGUAGCUAGCUAGCACGCUGUCAACUGCCGAAUCAGCAGCAUAAGAAGCAGAUAAAUGUCUUCUCAAAGCCAAGCAGAAGGAGAUGAGGUGGAAGAAGAUGUGGAGUUUAUUUCAGAGGGUCCCAUCAGACCAGUGUUAGAAUGCAUUGAUUUGCUGACUGAUAGUGACGGUGAGGGCCCUUCAUCGUUUGCAUUUGAAGAUGAAGUCACCCGUCAAAGACAACACGUUACUUCUACACUGGACAGACUGGCGCAUCAGGUGGCGCUAAAGAAAAAGGAGCGAGCUGAUAAGUGUAGAGCUUUCAAGGAGAAGCAGAUCUUACAAAAGGCUCAUGGGCAGCAGGAGUUGGCCUUUAGUUCUCCAAAUGGACUAAAUCAGGAAGCAAAGCGCUGCGUAGACAUGUGGCUGAAGAUGCCAGGUCCUCAGCCUGGAAUGCUCGGUGCAGGUUCUGGAAGGAGACAUAGGCCUUCUUCUUUCCCUGCAAAUAGCUCAACUAGACAAACUUGUCCUGUGAUCAACUGUGGCCGAGUAUAUGACAACGCGUCUCUCCUCGAUGGGCAUUUAAAAAGGUUUGAUCACUCCCCAUGUGAUCCAAGCAUCAAUCUUAAAGGGAGUCCAUCAGAAUUCUUUGCCUGUGUUGCCUGUGGUCAAUAUUUCCAAACCAAAGAAGCAUGGAGGAAACAUCUUGAGACCAAGAUUUCCUCAUCUGAUGCUGGCGAUCACAGCUUCACUCAGACAUAUCAGCGGAUUGUGUGUUUUGCCUGUCCUGCCUGCUACAUCCUUUUCAACCUCCGGGAUGAGUGUCUUCAGCAUAUGUCAGCCAGCAAUCACUUCACCGAUUCACUUCCUAUGACUGAGUCCAGAGAACGAGCUCUGCCAGUUCCUGUUCCACAAUAUGUUAAGAACCGUCUCAUCGCCUUGUGCAAAGAUGCAAUCUUCAAUGUCCGAUGUUCUUUGUGUCACAACGUACUGGCCUCUCAUCAGGCAGCUCAAGCUCAUUUCAAUGUGUACUGCAGACAGGGCUGUGCAGUGGCCAAAGCUGAAAAAACAAUUGUGCAGGUAAUGAAACAGCUCCAAGUGCAAGGGCAGUGCUCCCACUGCUGCAAAAUCUUCCUUAGCCAAGCUGAACUUGAGAAACACAAAGAAUCAAACCAGCAUGAGGUGGAGAUCAAUCACACAAUGGGGAAAGCUCUGCUUCAGCACUGCAGGUUUAGUGAAAUUCAACACACCCAGAGGCCCAAAGAGACACAGGAGAAAAGACAGUCCAUUAGCCUUGGAGUAGCUUUUCAAAAAAGAAACAAAAAGAGGACUAAUAGUGAAGCAUUUCCCUCUAAACGGCAUAGAAUGAGCCUGAGCGGGAGCAGCAACACUAGUGGCAACUUUGCAACAGCAUGGUUCUGUGAGUGUGGCCUGCAGUUCUCCGAGGAGGCUGCAGCCAGCAAUCACCUCCUGGCCGUGAACCAGAUUUUCCAUCAGUGUGGCGUUUGUGGCAAACUCAUGGGGGAGUCUUCCAUUACCCGUCUGCAUAUGAGUCGCUUUCAUGGUGGAGCUCAUCUCUCCAAUUUCCUUUUUUUCUGCCGCAAGUGCAAAGUGGAAAUGCCAAGAUACGAAGAUAUCCUGUUGCAUGUUUCAGAAGUGCACAGCGGACACACCUACUUCACACAGCAAGAUGUACCGGUAGAGCUCGCCUCAGUCACCAGUGCUAAGCCAUCCACCAGCAAGGAAGUGGCCCUGCACUCAUCGCUGAGGUCCACAGUCCAGCAAAGCACAGGAGCGCAGCCUUCAUUAAAAGCUGAGCAGACCUGGAUGUGCAGGAUGUGUGAGGACGUCUUUGACUCUGAGGAGGCUGUGCAGAAACACUGCAGUGAUCUGAGUAGUCACAGCUUCCAGAGAUACAUCUGUGGACACUGCCCUCAGAAGUUUUUCAAGGAGUCCACUGUGCGCAGGCACUGCAUGAAUGAACACAAUGGGGAGAUAAAGAGCUCCCACUUCUGCGGCCUGUGUGACAGCAUGCAGUUUGAGACAGAGGGCGAGUUCUUGGCGCACUAUAACAGUCUACACAGCAAGGACUAUUACUGCAUAGAGGAGGAUGAUGAUGUUGAAGUCGUCCAGCCUGUUGUAGCUGCAAGUGCAAGUCAGCUCACAUGCCCAUGCAUGGGUUCAGAAAGAAGCACAGGUGAUAUGAAAGCUAUAAAUACACAAUGCAUGAGGAAUCUGGCAACUGAAGACAAAUGUCAGUACGUGUGCGCUUCCUGUAGCGUGUCCCUGCCGUCGUAUGCGCAGAUAAAAACUCACGUCCACACAAAACACGCUGCCAUGAACCUGGACAAGACAUUUGAUGUGCUAUGCAAAGUGUGCCAGGAGAGUUUUAUGGGUGUGCCAAGUUUCCAUAAACACUACCACUCUCACCACUGCUCACUGGAACCAUGCGUGAGCUCAAGGACCUGCAGAAAAGACACAAAGGCAGAAUCCAUCCCUGUUAAAAUGCUCAAUGCUGUAGAGAUCAGACCCGACACGCAAGACAUUGAGGACGAAACGCUGGUGAAGUUUUUGAACAUGGGUUCGUCCCACAAAGAGGUUGAAGAACAUAAUUCCGAUGAAGAGAUGAAGGAGGCUCUAUCUUUGAGUUCAGAAGAAGCAAGAGAAUCAGCAGAGUUGGAAGAAGCUCUUAAAAGAAGUCUUUUGGAAUUCUAAGGAAGUCAUUGAUGACUAAUGCAUCACUAAAAACAAACAUUACUUUUAGAUUGUUUGUACAUGUAAUUAUGUUCAAAAAGGUUAAAUAAAUAUUGUUAUUUUACUUGUUA